AUGUACUCUUUCGCAAACCCUACACUCUCUCACGCCAGUCGUCAGGCCGGUAGUUGCAAAGACGAGCACAUCGCAGCCGACAAAGAGGCUAGGCAUACGGGGGCAGUAGAGGAGAGGCGGCGAGGCAGGCAGGCAGACACGAGGCUGAAAGACGGGCCAGGAGAGGCUGAAGCCGAACGGACCGGGAGAGGGUCAACGAGCCGCGUCCGCGUCCGCGCCCGCGCCCGCGUCUGCGUCCGCAUCCGCAUCCGCAUCCGACCGGUCGUGCUGGCACAGGUGACAGGAGAGCCCGGCAGUACUCAACCGUUCAGGCACCGCACUCUGAACUGGACUCUGAGCUUACACAGCAGCUGGCGUGCCGCCGAUUGGGUUUAUCGAUCCUCUAUUCACCCAGCCCUGAUUGGGCCAGAGCGUCCGCCUACGCACUCGCCAAUCGCUCACAGCUCACAGCUCAUUGCCCAUCGCUCGACGCUCUUCACCGCUCUGCCCUGCCGUAUAUCAGUUGUAUUGUUCGUUAGCUUGUUUGUUUGGUUGCCGUCUUUAAUGGCAUUCAAGCGCAUGUACGGUCAGUGCUGCUGUCAGUCUACAGGCCUGAUUAUGGGAAAGGCGCCGACUCGUGGACAGACCUGUGCAUUUCCGUUUGUGCGCCCAUUCCGUGUACGUCUGUCUGCUCCCAUUUCUGUCUGCAAGCAAUCAGUUUUCCCUCUUCUCAUCCACCUCAGGCCUGCCGGCUUGGAUUUGCAAGUCUGUGGUCUCGCUUGUAAAGGCCUGUUUGCCUAUCCCACUAUUUGUAUGUGCAUUUAUGCGCGUAUUGUGCACAUUGAAGCGCAGAAGCGUACCGAUUGCGCACGUGCCUGCCUGCCCUGCCUUUUAAGCAGUGCUGGCUUGCUUUCCUCUUCGCCGGCCUGCGCGCGUUUUUUCGCCCGCUAG